GAACCAUUUGUCUUUAAAAGAAUAAGCAGCUACAAUUUGUCAAGAAUUAGGGUUAUUUAGAAAUGGCUUCCAACAGUAAAACAUCAAUUGCCCUCUUUCUAGUCCUAAAUCUUCUCUUCUUCACUCUUACUAGUGCAUGUGGCACCUGCCCUGGUCCUAAACCAAAGCCUAAACCAAACCCGAAGCCAAGCCCGAGUCCCGGAAAGGCCUCUUGCCCUAGGGAUGCCCUAAAAUUGGGGGUAUGUGCUAAUCUUCUUGGUGGAUUGAUUGGUGUUACAAUUGGGACACCACCAAAAACUCCAUGCUGCACCCUUAUCGGAGGCCUUGCUGACCUCGAGGCUGCGGUCUGCCUUUGCACUGCCAUUAAAGCCAAUGUUUUGGGCAUUAACCUUAAUAUUCCUCUCUCCCUUAGCCUGCUUCUUAAUGUCUGCUCGAAGAAGGUCCCAUCAGAUUUCAUAUGUGCCUAAACAAACUUUUUUUUGGCUCUUAGGUUUUUCAGACAUCUGAAUUUGUACUUUAAGAUCAUUGCAUUCUUGUGCUUGGUAACUUCCAGUUCCCAUUUUAGCAAAUAAGAAAGAAAAGAAAAGAAAAUCUUGUUCACAUGUGAGAAUAACUUGUAAUAUUCGUAUUUUACUUAUCCAAAAUGUAUCCACUAUUCAUUUUUAUAUCAUAUAUUGUUAUGUAGAAGGAAUAA